CUGCGGUCCGUCGUCCGUCCCGGUAUCAGUUCCGCGUGAAGAUGGCGGAGUAUGUGAAUCUGGUCCGGAGAGCUCUGGGGCAGAUCGGAGGUCAUGGGGGCGUCCGCGGGCUGCUGAUGCAGUUCUUCAGAGCAAAUGACAUCAAAACGGGAGCCUUGGUGGGAGUGGACAAGUAUGGGAACAGAUACUAUGAAGACAACAAGCACUACUUCUUUGGGCGUCACCGCUGGGUCAUCUACACUACAGAGAUGAAUGGGAAGAAGACGGUGUUUGAGGUGGACGGCAGCAUGGUGCCCGCUGAAUGGCACCGCUGGCUGCACUGCAUGACCGACGACCCCCCCACCACGCACCCCCCGGAGCCCAAGAAGUUCCUGGCCGACGUGCACCAGUUCAACGUGAGCGGCAGCCCGCAGCAGUACGUCCCGUUCCCCACCACCCGCAAGAAGAUCCACGAGUGGGUCCCCCCCCAAGCCGCUGCCAAGUGACCUCUGACCCCGCUGUAAAUGACGCCUCCCUCAAUAAAGUCUCUGUACCUCA